GAUUCUUGUUGUCUUUGGCCAACCAAAGAACGGAAAUAUCUUCUCAACACAUACUUCUCUUCCGCUGGUUUCUUUGCUCAGCUUCUCUCAGAUCCUUUCCGGCCUCCUGGAAAUCGCAGCCCCUGUUCCAUCAAAUUUGAAUCGAGUUUCCAUUCUCUCCACCAAGAACCUAUCUUUCACCACCUUUAUGCUGGUCGAACCAUAAAAAUCCCAUCUUGUUGAUUCUUCCUACGUUGAUUUCUUAGUUCCUCAUCAGAUGCGGAGGAAAUGGAUGCUAGAGGGUGAUGGUGAACAGCGGAUGGUUAUAGAAGGGGUUCAAGAGCGCGCUCUGAUUUCAGCUUAUAAGACGGAAAGGAUUUGGCAUACUUCGAUGGUGAACAUCCGAGAUGUUUCUUGAAAAUUGAUUCAUCUUUUCUUUUGCUCUGCGGCUUGUGGAAGUGCUUCUUUGGGAGCUGCAUGUUCCUAUCCACAGAUGAAACUCUCGUGUGGUGGAGUCGACGAGGAUCGUACUUCUCCGAAAAGAGCAGUCUUUCUUUGUUAUGCAUACGAUAUGGUCGUCUAAUUUCUGGUUUCUGAUGGUCAUCAACACGGCUUUAUCGUUAUUAUCACCCAGUUUACUAAUUUAAUUCUUUUUCUUGAAAUUUCUGAGUCCAUCUUGAGUUCCUUGGCUGCUUCUUCACCCAAUCAAGUCUCUGAUCUAGUUUCUUACUUGGGAUUUCUUAUUUUCAUUGCAUAUUUCACCUCUUUGAUGCUUCUUCAUAUGAAUUUUUGAUGCUUGAUCUGAGUUCUUCUGUAUGCCGUAUUGGUAAUUAGGUUUAUCCUGGCUAAUGUCCUCUCUGCUGCAUCUUGCAAUUGGUGGUUUCUUACUGGAAAUUGUAGCAUAACAGUUUAAAGGUGCAAAGAUUGCAGUUCGGUUAUUAGUGGUUAUUGUAGAUAUAACGACAACAAUAUAAUUCUUCUAGGAUUUAAGCUGAUUUCCCCUUAAUCUUUUUUUUUUUUCCUUUUGCAGCAUAGAUAAUCAUCUGAGUAGUUUUAAGUUUUAAUUGCUUGUUUGGGUUUAAUGGGUCGAGGCAGAGGAAAGGGGAAGAAAUUGGCAGUGGCCACUGGUAACGAGGACCCAGGUAGUGGUGAUCAAGAGGUGCUUCCUGUAUAUAAGAGAAGAGGAAGGCCUCAGAAGCCGUUGAAGGAUGACAUUGAUGUAGAUGACACUGAAACGGUAGAAGGGAAAGAUGAUAUGAAGCUUACUGCACCAAACAAAGAGCUUAAGGGUUCAACAGUGGCGGUUGGGAAGAAACGAAAGAGAUAUUCAAAAGCAAAAGAGAACUCUGAUGCGAUCAUAGAGGAAAAUGGUGUUGGAUCAAAAUCCAGAAACGAGGAUUUAACAAGGUCCAAUGGUUUUCGGCAUAGUGGGAGCCGGCGGAAGAGCAAGCCUCGUCGGGCUGCUGAAGCUGGAGUUGAGUGCAAGUGAGAAACUGAUUUUGUUGUGUUUCUAUCGUUCCAUUGUGAGACAUUGCUGACGGUUGAGAUCCUUUAUGGUGCACUUCUUUUGUUUUA